CUCUCACUGAAGUAAGCUCAGCGUGUCUGUAAUGGAAAACCCACAUGCACUGCUUCUACUCCUUUCUCUACUUCUCCUCAGUCUCACUCUUCCCUCUCUGCAACUUAAGCUCGACCCCCUCGAUCUCCGCGCCCUUGCUUCCAUCAAGAACUCCCUCACCGACGUCCCUUCCCGUCGUUCACACCCCGGCUUCUUCUCCACGUGGGACUUCGCAUCCUCAGAUCCCUGCUCCACAUUCUCCGGCGUUACAUGCUCCUCCAACGGCCGUGUCACCACUCUCACUCUCGGCACCGGCCUCGCCGACUCCCCCGGCCUCGCCGGCUCUCUCUCUCCAGAUGUUUCCGACCUCACAGAGUUGACUCAGCUCAUUCUCUACCCCGGAAUCGUCACCGGUGCAAUCCCAACCCAGCUCGGCCGCCUCGUCAACCUCCGUGUUAUCUCCUUAACCAACAACCGCCUCACCGGUCAGAUACCCGUUACGCUCUCUCUCCUCACCAACCUCCACACUCUCGACCUCAGCUUCAACCGCCUCACCGGCUCCAUCCCUCCGCCGCUUCUCCGCCUCCCAAUGCUUAAAGUCCUCAUUCUCUCCUCUAAUUCCAUCUCCGGCGACAUACCCGCCGUCGUGUCGUCCCAGCUCCUCCACCUCGACUUCAGCAACAACAAACUCACCGGCCAGCUUCCCAAACAGCUCCCCUCUUCCCUCCGCUACGUCUCCCUCGCCGGCAACGACUUGGUGGGACCCAUCUCCGGCAUGGAUGGGACCCAGCUCCCGGACUUGGUGCACCUCGACCUCAGCAUGAACCACUUCAGCGGGGCCCUCCCAGCGUCGCUGUUCCGUACUUCUCUCCCUUCUCUGUUUCUGCAAAGGAACAAUCUCUCCGGGUGGGUCCCUUCGGUGGAGGAGGAUCAGCGGCCAUCGUACGGCGAGGGCUCGGUGGUGGACUUGAGCCACAACGCGCUGACGGGUGAGCUGUCGCCGGUGUUGGCUGGCGUGGAGAGUUUGUAUCUGAAUAACAACCGUCUGAUAGGGACGGUUCCGAGGGAGUACGUUAAGAGCGUGUACGUGGGCACCACCAGAACAUUGUACUUGCAGCACAAUUACCUAUCAGGGUUUCCCGUGGAGCCCGGGUCCGCAUUGCCCGAUACGGUGUCAUUGUGCUUGAGUUACAACUGCAUGGUGCCGCCGGUCGGACUCGCGGCGUGCCCGUCUAGCGCGGGAACGGAGUUGUCGCGGCCGGCUUCGCAGUGUUCAGUGUUUAACUACGGAUAA